GAAAAAAGGUGCUCUAAAUGAAGUUAACCACAGAUACCUGAAUUAUAACACUGUUUGGAACUGAAAGACAACAGGAUUUCACCUUCUGGAGGAGAGAUUUCAUGGAUUCAAAUUCCAACACUGUGGUGGUAACUGGUUUUGGUCCCUUCAGACAAUACCUGGUGAAUUCCAGCUGGGAAGCAGUGAAGGAGCUGUCCAAGAGAGGCCUUGGUGAAAACAUCGAUCUCCAGAUCAUGCAGCUGCCAGUGGUUUACCAAAAAGCAAAGGAGCAAGUCAUCAAGAUAUGGACGACUCUUCAGCCACUGCUUACUGUUCACGUUGGGCUGGCUUCAUCCACCACACUCAUCAUCCUGGAGCAGUGUGGGAAGAACAAAGGCUACCAAGACAGGGAUGCUUGCGGUUUUCACCCAGAAGGUGCCUGCUGCGUGCUAGAUGGCCCAGAAAAGAUCGAAUCUGCAAUUAAUAUGAAGACUCUCUGGAAAAACAUUUCAGUGGAAGGGAUUGAUAUCAUCUUCUCCAGAGAUGCGGGGAGGUACGUCUGUGAUUACACCUACUACACCUCUCUGUAUUAUGGCAAUGGAAGAGCAGCUUUCAUCCAUGUGCCUCCAUUAUCCAAGUCAGUAACAGCAGACUUUCUAGGAAAAGCACUACAGACCAUUAUCUUAGCAAUGUUAGAACAGUGUGGGGUGGAUCAUGUUAAAAAAGAAAAGAUGAUUUCUUAGAAAGCAAUUCCUUACCUCUUAAAUGAAGCAAAUGUAAAGAUUAUUUAAAACCCCCACACAAAAGGAUUUUAUGGCCCAUGUUAUUUUCAGUGAAAUUUCCUUG